UGGUCGCUGCGUUUCGUCCUGGCCGUCGCUCUCUCCACACUCCAGCAAAAUGUCCCGGGGAGAGACCAAAAUCAUUUAUCUGGAGCGUCCGGGCCCUGUCCCGUGGGGAUUCCGACUCCAGGGAGGCAGGAAUUUUCAGACGCCCCUCUCCAUCCAAUCGGUGUCCCCAGGGAGUGUGGCUGACCAGUGUGGUCUGUGCACAGGUGAUGCAGUCCUUAGGAUUAACAACCUUGCCACGGAUGCUUUGGAUCACGAUGAAGCAAAGGAGGAGAUCAUGAGGUCUGACAAUAUUAUUGAAUUCCUUGUCGAACGAGGUGGUAUGAAAGUAUGGAAGCCCAAAGUGACACCAAUGUCAGAACUCCGGCCAGAUGAACUCAACACGCAACAGUUCAGAGGAUACGAGCCGGGGGUUAUUCAACAUACGUCUCUUGCUGCAGAUAAGCCACAGGAUUAUCAACACAUAGGCAGUAGCCACAACCGGGCCGCCAAGCCCUUCCCUGGUGCUGGUGUGACGGCCAUGGUUGAUCAGUCCCCAACGUCCUACAAGGAGAAACGCGUCGUCCAUGCCCAGUUCAACUCGCCGAUGGGCCUCUACUCUCAACCCAAUGUGGCGGAUUCUUACAGAGGACAGGUGAAGGGAGUAGGGAAUCUCUCAGGCGAUUACCCCACCCCUGAUGAACAACCUCCCUCCUCUGGAAAUGAUCCUAAUGAGCAAUCACAAUCUUUCAGGGACAUUGAUCAUGACACCGGUGGUGCCUAUGCUGGUAGUCCCUUUCAACCUAGAACGCAUGAAGUUAGUGGGGCUCCAGUGGGGUUCCGCCGAGUUGAACCCCCUCGGUCUAAAUCUCCUGUGGAGACACCUGAAGAGCCUCAAGUUUACAAAUGUGAUGCAUGUGGUGAAGAUAUUGUUGGUGUGUUCAUAAGAAUACAAGGGACUAUCCCUCUCCAUCCAGAGUGCCUCAAAUGCCUCCGGUGUGGACAGCUCCUCAAGAAUAUUGGUUAUUUCGUUAUUGAUGGCAAACUCUACUGUGAAACGCAUGCCAAACAAGCCGCCCCCAGACCCGAGGGUGUGCGCCAUCUCAGUGCCCAGGCAGUCUAUCGCUAGAUUUUGCGAGACUGAUACUCUACUCAUGCCACUAAGACUUGGAAAUAUGGCGACUCCAUCCGCUAGCUUUAACUUUCCUUGGACUAUUUCAGCUUCAAAGGUGUAUUAGGCAUAAUGAAUUCUUUCGGAAGAAACACAAUAUAAAUGCUGGCCCUGUUUGUCAAAAACUUCAAAUCACAAGUGUAAUUUCAUUUCGAAAGAGGAGUCUUUUCCGAGGAGAAAAUAUAUUUCUUUAAACUUUUGACUUAAAAUAUCUUGUGAAGCCAAUAUUUACAUAGCUUUGAUAUACAUUCUGCCUUAUAGUAUUCAUUUUACUCGUUCCUUCUGGAAUUACAAGUACCGGUAGUCAAUCAGCAGUAGUUGGUUAGCAGUUCACCCUCUCCUGUCCUGUUUGUCUAUUGAUUCCUUCCUAGCUAGGCUUACACUAGUUGAGUGAGCUUGUUUAAUUCAAUAAAAAUGCCCAAGAACUCAUUAUUUUUUAUUCUUAUAAAUGUACUAUUAUUAUACUCUUUGCACCCUGCCACAUGUGGGGUUAUUUAUAAAUGUACUACACAAUGGCUUGUUGAAUCGAAAUUAAUAAUUGUUUUUGAUACUAUGCUGGCAAAAUAUCAUGACACUCCAUUUUGGAUCUACAUUUUCCACUUCUGGUCCUAUUUAUAAUUUACUGACAGAAAGCUGGAGCCUCUGUGGACAGAUUUCUUAACAAAAAGGUGUACUGUACUAUUAUUUAAAGACAGAUUUCUAUGUAUAAAUGAUUGAAUUGUACGAUGCAUCUAAUUUUGGUAAAUCAUUUGUUAUAUGCAAUGCAAUGUAUAGAAAGAGGUAUAAACCAUGACAUGGUUUUGUAUAGAAUAUAGUAAUCUCAGUAAUCUCCUGGUCCUUGUUGGAAAGCUUUUAAGGAGGAGGCUUCCCAACAAUUACACCAGAUUUGUGAUAGUUAGAUGUUGGUGUCCUACUGGAUCCAUGCUGCCAUCUAAAGAAUCAAGGAAUCUUGAAAAAGUUUUGAAAAAUUAAGACAUUGUACAAGUCCUUUUCUCUUCGAAUAGUCACUAGAUGCAAAUGAACUUGAUCGUUUAUGAUUCUAGUUAUUAUGCCAAAUCAGAAAUUGUCCUUAAUAUGUCUUCCUCAUAUUUGUCCAUUGUCAAACUUGUCCAUUUUGGCCGGCUUUUGCCAAAGUCAAUGAUUGCUUUACAAUUGCUACAGGUUGUUCCAAAAACAAGUGAUCACCAGUGGAGUUGCAUGCAGAAAGUAAAAUCAUCAGAAAAAAGAACACGUACAGUUAUUGCCAACAGUGUUGAUUAUCAAUAACGAUCAUCUGGUGACACUUUUUGGGACACCCUGUCAGCCACAAGAUUCAAGCAUCGAUUUGUAGUAAUCUUGCAUCAUGUAAUUUAUAUAUCAAUUCUGUGGGAAUGUUCUGUGAUUAUAGAUGGGAAUACUCGCACGAGUUUCUGCGUUGUUGAGAUAUGUUGGAUAAGAUAUGUUAUGAUAAUAACAGUUUACAUGACGAGAA